UCUACCACAAGUGGUAGUUGAAGAGAGGGUAAUGAAUGUUUGAGCUCCUUUCCCCUCUAAAAGUAAAUGCAAAGAUUUAUGGCGAAAGAUUUUUCAUUAAAUUAGAUUUCAAAGACAGCCAUUUGAGGGUCCAAUUUUGGUAUGCUUUUAGUGUUUUGAAAAACAGGAGUCAUCUUCACUCUUUCUUCCUCAUUCAAACAACAUUCUUUUUCCACUCUGUGCAUGUUUGUACAACUUUCUUGACUACGUGUUCUUGGUGUUGUGUGUGUGUGUUUGAAUUUAUUCUUGGACAAAAGCCAAAAGCUUUUGUGUAGGUGAUGAUAUUUAUUGUUUCCCUCCUUAAUUUUGAAGUUUGAAUCAAAGGUUUUGAUUCCAAAAAUCCUUCAAAGUUGUCAACUUUUGCUUUUUUGUAUUUAGGGUUCAGUCUUUUAUGCUGCUUUUUCAGUGGAAAUUAGAUGGGAUAAACAAACAGAAAAUACAAAGAACACCCAAAACACUUCUUCUUCUUCUUCAUCAUCUUUUCAACCAUCUUUCGUCUUAUUGAUUCACCAUUCAUGCAUAUUUCACUCUGGAAACCGAUCAUAUCCCACUGUUCUUUUUUAAUUUCCGAUAAAAAGAACAGAAAAAAAGAUGGUAGCCAUGAAGAAAUCAACAGAAACCCAUCAGUUCUUCGAAAAUUACAAGAAAACAAACUCAGAGAAGCUCUGGAACAAGCAUCUGAAGAUGGGUGUCUCAUUAGAUCCCAAAGUAUGGAUUCUUCAGACUCCAUCGACAUCGAAGACAAGAGUUUGGGAAGAUCGAGAUCGUUAGCAAGACUACAAGCUCAAAAAGAGUUCCUGAAAGCUACAUCUCUUGCCGCCGAAAGAACAUUUGAAAUCCAUGACUCCAUUCCCGAUUUCAACGAAGCUUUCUCCAAGUUCUUAACCAUGUACCCCAAGUACAAAUCAUCUGAAAAAAUCGAUCAAUUGAGAGCUGAUGAGUAUUCGCAUUUAGCUGAAACUGUUUCAAAGGUAUGUCUUGAUUACUGUGGAUUUGGGUUGUUUUCAUUUCUUCAAACUGUUAAUUACUGGGAAUCUUCAACAAUCGGUUUAUCUGAAAUCACCGCCCAUUUAAGCAACCAUGCUCUGUACGGCGGCGGAGAGAUCGGCACCGUCGAACACGAUAUCAAAACCAGAAUCAUGGAUUAUUUAAACAUCCCGGAAAACGAAUAUGGCCUUGUGUUCACAGUAAGUCGAGGCUCUGCUUUCAAACUUCUCGCUGAAUCUUACCCUUUUCACACAAACAAAAAGCUUCUCACCAUGUUCGAUCAUGAAAGCCAGUCUGUUAAUUGGAUGGCUCAAAGCGCAAAAGAAAAAGGUGCAAAAGUUCACAGCGCUUGGUUCAAAUGGCCGACGCUGAAACCAUGUUCAACCCAUCUCACGAAGAUGAUUUUAAACAAGAAAAAGAGGAAGAAAGAUUCAGCCACUGGGCUUUUCGUGUUUCCUGUUCAAUCGCGAGUUACAGGUGCUAAAUACUCGUAUCAAUGGAUGUCAAUGGCGCAACAAAACAACUGGCAUGUGUUGCUUGAUGCAGGAGCUUUGGGUCCGAAAGAUAUGGAUUCUCUCGGGUUAUCUUUGUUUCGACCUGAUUUCAUUAUCACUUCGUUUUAUAGAGUUUUUGGGUUUGACCCGACUGGAUUUGGGUGUCUUCUUAUAAAGAAAUCAGUAAUCGGAAGCCUUCAUAACCAGACAACUCAAACCAGUUCCGGCAUCGUAAAGAUCAGUCCGGUUUUCCCUCAGUACAAUUCCGGUUCCGUUGAUGGAAUCCCUGGAUUGGCCGGAAUCGAAGAUGUUGGAGUCGCCGGAAAACGCGAAGGGAUGCCGGAAACUCGUCAAUUACCGGCUUUUUCCGGCGCUUUCACUCCCUCUCAGGUGAUGGAUGUUUUCGAAACAGAAAUGGAAAGCUCCAUUUUCGAAGAUUCAAACAGUGUUUCUGUUGGUGAAGUUAUGAAAAGCCCUAAUUUUAGCGAAGAAGAUGAAUCAUCUGAUAAUUCAAUUUGGAUCAAUCUAGGCCCAAGUCCUUACGAAUCACAAGCCCAUUCAACCAAGAUUUUGAAAAAAGUAGAAAGCCCAGAGAUACAACAGGAAUCCGAAGCAAACGGGCCCGGGCCCGCAGUUAUACAAAGGGAAACCGAAGGUGAGUUUAGAUUACUUGGAAGAAGGGUAUCGUUCGGUUUGGAAGAAAAUGACGAUUUUACCCUUUGUGAUGAUUACGAAGGGUUAGAAUCAGAAAGACAGGAGCCCGGGAUAUCAUGUAGGCAUCUUGACCACAUAAAUAUGUCGGGCCUCAACAAGACAACACUUAGGUUACGAUUUUUAAUCAAUUGGCUUGUGACUUCUUUACUUCAACUUAGGUUACCAGGCUCAAACGGGUCGGUCCCACUUGUUCACAUAUAUGGGCCGAAGAUAAAGUAUGAGCGUGGUGCAUCGGUGGCAUUCAAUGUUAGAAACCGAAAUCUUGGAUUAUUUAGUCCGGAAAUUGUUCAAAAAUUGGCGGAGUCUAAUGGGAUUUCAUUAGGUGUUGGGAUUCUUAGUCAUGUAAGGAUUGUGGAAAACACGAAAAACCGUAUGAAUCUUGCGGACACGACAUUGUGUAGACCGAUGGAUGGGGGAUUGGUUAGGGCCGAGGUUGUGACUGCUUCACUUGGGUUCUUGACUAACUUUGAAGAUGUGUAUAGGUUGUGGGAUUUUGUUGCUAAAUUUCUCAAUCCAUCUUUUAUAAGAGAAUAUGGGCUUUCGACUGUUGUUGAAGAUGAAGAUGACGAACGAUGAUGGUAAGAAAUGAAGAUUUGUGCAUAGAAAACAGCCCGUUUGGGUACGAAUUGAAGCGAUUUUCUAAUGGGAUUUAGUGGAAGUAUAUGUAUUUUUAUGAUAUGAAACUUGUGAUUUAGAAAGUUUACGGAUUUUAGGGCUUGUUUGAAGGGUUCAAAGUUAGGUUAGAAGCUUUGUUUAUGGAGUUGAAAGAGCAUACCAGGGGCUUUUGUUUCAUAUAUUUGUAUAAUACUCUUUUUUUAUUAAAGAAAUGUAGUUGACUUUCACUUGA